UAUACAUAUACUCUCUCUCUCUCUCUACAUAUACUCUCUCUCUCUCUGUUUCUCAUGCAUGUACCGUACACGAAUCCUCAUCAUCACGAUCGACGUUGAUCGCGGAACGGACGGCGGAGAUUCGAAGGAGGUGGAUCGGAGGAGGACACUAGCGAGGAGGAGGAGGAGGAGGAGGGGAAGAGGAGGAGCACAUGUUCGGGCGCUACGACCCCGCACGUGCCGAGCAGGACACGUCAGCAAUCGUCUCCGCUCUCUCGCACGUGCUCCACUCGAGCUCGAACUCCGCCCAUGGGGCCGGGGCCGAGCCGGUCGGGGCGAACCGGGCUUCCGCUGAACCGGCCGGUUCGGAUUCUGCGGGGAUGAAUGAAGUAAUAACACGACCCUCCGAGGACCAAGAAAGGAGGAAGCACUACAGAGGAGUGCGGCGACGGCCGUGGGGCAAAUGGGCGGCGGAAAUUCGCGACCCGAAUAAGGCAGCGCGGGUGUGGCUCGGCACGUUCGACACCGCGGAGCGCGCCGCCAUGGCCUACGACGAGGCCGCCCUCCGGUUCAAGGGCAGCAAGGCCAAGGUCAACUUCCCGGAGAGAGCAGUCCUCCUCAAACACCACAACGUCAACAUCGACCGCAGACCCGAACAGCCGCCUCUGCUGCCGCCACCGACGAUGAUAAAUCCUAACACGACGACGACAACGACGGCAGCGACAGCGACAGCGACAACGACAGCGACAGCGACAGCGACAGCGGGGGCGUAUCCAAAUAUUAUUCAAUAUGUAAAUAUUCUGCAAAGCAACGAGGAAAUGCCUUCGACGUACAUGGAUUUCUCUUUGGGGCACAUCAUGACAAGUAGUAAUGUGGGUUCUUAUAGCUCUUCUUCUUCUGGUUGUUCCUGGUCUCAUGGUGAGCCCAGGGAGAAAGAUACAUAG